AUGGUCGAGGUCUCCCGCGCGCUCAUGCGCGGGCGCUCCGCGGAGGCGCAGCGUUCCGCGGUGCUGCAGGGCUUUCCGCGCGUCCCCGCGUGGUUCCGCCGCGCGUUCCCCUUCUCGCACUGGGGCGCGGAAGCGAACGCGGCAAUCACUCCGCGGUUCUUCUCCUGGCUUGUGGGCCCAUGCCACGUGGAAGAAGCAGAGAUCCCCGCGGUUGACGAGCGCCGCAGUCGCAGCGGAGCGGCGGCGGGGGAGGGGGAGAAGCGGGAGGAUGCGGAGAAGGGGGAGAAAGGGGAGGCGGGGGAGAGGUGUAGGUAUCUGGAGACGAGUGGGUGUGUGGGCAUGUGCGUUAACCUGUGCAAGAUGCCCACUCAGCACUUCUUCACGCAUGAACUCGGUGUUCCGCUCACCAUGGAGCCCAAUUUCGAGGACUUCAGCUGCCGCAUGGUGUUUGGCCUCCCUCCUCCACCCCCAUCCUUGGACCCUGCUCUCCAGCAACCAUGCAUUGCCAUGUCGUGCCCUGCAGCUAGAUUAGAUACGGAUGAGCCGUGUCACCAGCUUCGGUGA